AUGGCAAAAAGAGCACACUCCAGCUCCGAAGAUGAUAGUGAUUUCAGUGAGUACGAUGUUGAUGAAUGGACAGAAACUUUGUAUAAAUCUUUGAGAAAUGGAGGUCAUGAAGUUCAAGUUAAUGGGAAUAAAUUUACUUGCCCUUUUUGUGAAGGUGGAAAAAAGAGUAAGUUUGAAUACGUCGAACUUCUACAGCAUGCGAAUGGAGCGAGUGGUUUGGGGAAACAUUCUAUGCAGAAGCGAGCGAAUCAUCUUGCAUUGGCAAGAUAUUUACAAAAUGAUCUCGCACCUGUCGCUCGCGCUGAAAUAGAUGUACCGGCGGUUCAUCAUGCAGAAGUAGUGGUGGAUCCCUUUCAAUAUCACAAUCCACAUGACCACUUUGGCCACUUGGGAAUAACUAUUGUUCAUUUUAGAAUUGGUUUGCAUGGAUUAACUGAUGCGCUUGCAUUUAAUAAAGUUUAUAAGAAUGAUCACAAUGGGAAGCAUGAUUGGGUAGGGUAUGUCCCUCACGAUGAUUCAUUAUAUGUUUGGGUUGCUCAAGAAGAUGAUUACGAGUCCACUGGAAUCUUUGGGAGGAAUCUUCGCAAGUAUGGAGGCAUCAAAAGCUUGGGUAAAAUCCUCAGUCCCUAG